AUGUUCGAGGACUUUGCACUGGCAUACGAAGAUCCCUCAGGCCCUAAUGGGUACCUUCUCGCAACAACCAUCUCACCAGAACCGCCGAAGCACGACCCUGGCCGGCUUUACAACUUCAGAAACAGCGUGAACCAGUUCAGUGUGCGAACUGACCUGCAAUACAAACUGCAGUACAAUCCCGCUCUGAGUCUCGACAAGAAAGAGGCAAACACGUGGUUGGACCUAUUCACCAUCUACCACAAAUUCGUGGGCACACUGCUCGCAGCUGAGGAAGCUCAAAACGUGGGCAAGACCAACGAGGCAGACUGGGCCAAGGUCUAUGAAGAAUGGAAGGAGUUCGUAAAUGCCCUCAUUCGAGCAUAUCAAACCGGAGUUCUCGCUGCUUGGACUAUACCCUGUCUCUAUGUGGCCGUGAAAUAUCUGCGAGUGUUUGCGAUCAAGGCAGAUGACAAGACUACCAGCCAACGUGAUAAUGGUCUGGCUUUUGGCGGCCUCCAAGAAGAAGAUGCCUUCGACCCAAGCGCCAGGAAUGAGAAGCUCGAGGACGCUGCGCGCCAGACCAAUCGCAUUUUCAGUCUUUGCCAUGGCGACCGCAACCCGCUCGAAGACUCGAGGAAGUGGGCGCUCUACUACAUCGCUACUGCCAUGUUCAAGACUCAUUUCAAAUUGAACCAACUCUCUUUGUCGAAGAACAUCUUGCGUUCACUGAAGGCGACAACAGGCGAUAUGCCACCGCUUUCAGCCUUCCCCAAAAGCCACCAAGUACCAUUCAUGUACUAUUGUGGAGUCAUUUCCUUUGUCGACGAAGAUUACAGCGCUGCGGAGGAACAUCUGACUGCUGCUUACAACUUGUGCCAUGUCGGGUCGCAGAAAAAUCUCCAGCUGAUACUGACAUACCUCAUCCCGACGAAACUUUUGACAUCGCACAUGCUGCCAUCCUCUACCUUGCUCUCGCAGAAUCCUAAUCUGGCACGACUGUUCCAACCUUUUGCGGAUGCGAUUCGCAAAGCAGACCUGGCAGCUUUCGAGCGCGCACUUGAAAGUGGCGAAGAAGACUUCGUCAAGCGCCGAAUAUACCUUACACUUGAGCGUGGUCGCGAUGCCAUCAUCCGAAAUCUCUUCCGGAGAGUCUUCCUUGCUGGAGGGUACGACCCUCCGAAAGAAGGCGACACUUCGGCUCCUGUGCGGCGAACAAGAAUUCCGAUCGAUGAGUUCGCGGCAGCUUUGCAGCUGGCGGGCGCAGAUGUCGGUGAUGGAGAAGGCGGUAUUGAUAACGAUGAGGUUGAAUGCCUGCUAGCGAAUGCUAUCUAUAAGAACUUGAUGAAAGGAUACAUCGCUAGAGAUCGCCGCAUGAUGGUGCUCAAAAAAGGCGAGGCUUUCCCUGGAACAGGCGUUUGA